AUGCGACUUAUUUUAUCUAUCAUUAUUCUACUUCUAACAGUUGGCGCCCUCGAUGGUCGAAGCGAGUCAACAAAAACGGUGACCUAUCGGUCGACGCGUGAUAAUAAUACUGACGCUCAAUAUGCUGCACUAAUCUUCAAACCAGCUUCCAAUGAAGUCCAAAGAGCGUAUGUUCCACUUCGCAGCGUUUCUGUCGAAGCUACUAUUAAUGCAUUUGCUGCUGAUGUCACCUUAACACAAACUUUUGUCAAUCGUGGAAAAGAAUCUAUCGAGACAAUCUACGUAUUUCCGAUCGAAGAAAAUGCUGCAGUCUACUCAUUCACAGCACAGAUUAACAAUAAAACGAUCACUGCUGUUCUGAAAGAAAAGGCCAAAGCUGAAAAAGAAUAUAACACAUCGGUUCAACAGGGCCAUACGUCAGUUCUUUUGCGACAGAGCAAAGAAACCUUGGACACAUUCACAAUCAACGUUGGUGCUCUGCCACCUGGUAAAGAGUGUCGAGUCAAAAUCCAAUAUGUCACUGAACUGGACUUAGUUGAUAACAAUGCCAUUCGAUUUGUGGUGCCAACGACGAUUGCUCCUCGAUACAAUCCAUCACUGGGUCAUUUGCAGUCACCUGACAAGACCAAAGCAGAAUAUGUUCAGAAAACACCAUAUUCGAUGGACUUUCGAGCACGUGUUCUUCGAAGUGAAGAAUUCAAAGUUGUGCAAGUGGCCAAUCUUUCUCAUGCGGUGAAUGCUAGCAUGACAGGUGAAUCUAUCGACGUAUCUAUGGAAGGCAUUGCCCUCGAUCGCGAUAUUAUUCUUGAUAUCGAUAUACCUCCGAAUCACGCAUCACCAAUUGUAUCGGUUGAAAGUUACAACGAAAGCGCCCAAUACGCUGUUGCUCUUGCAUUCACACCAAGUCUAGCUGACUUUCUCAAGAUUUCGAAAGGGCGUGAAGAGUCUAAUACUGAAUUCAUAUUUAUAGUUGAUUGUUCGGGCUCAAUGAGUGAAGGUGGUCGUAUUGAUCAUGCAAGAGAAGCUAUGCUGCUAUUCAUUCGCAGUUUGCCUGUCGGCUCUCGUUUUAACAUCAUUCGCUUUGGAUCGCAUUAUGAUAUUCUAUACAACGAUGAAGUUCUUACAAUGAUCUACAACGAAGAGAAUGCGAAAAAAGCAGAAACACUAACACGUUCAAUGGAUGCUAAUUUUGGUGGAACUGAGCUGCUGCAACCUUUGCAAUACUUGAAAGAUCAUCCACCUGCUCAUGGUCGUUCACGACAAAUCUUUCUCUUGACAGAUGGUGAAAUUUCUAAUACAGACCAGGUGAUCGAAUUGUGUCGCUCCAUGUCUGCAACCACGCGUAUCUUCUCGUUCGGUCUCGGCUAUUCACCAUCUCGAGCACUUGUCAAAGGUCUCGCUCGAGCAACCAAUGGCUAUUUUGUGUUUGUUCCACCGGAUGCCAAAGUCGACAGUUAUGUUGGAAGUCAACUUGGACGAGCUCUUCAGCCAUCAUUAGUCAAUGCUCGACUCCAAUGGCAUGGCCUAUCUGUCAACGGUUCACAAGCACCACAAACCAUUCCACCACUCUACAUCAACGAUCGUGUACUUGUUUAUGCACUCUUCGCUAUGAACCCGUUCGAAAAGAAGAAUGCUAGUGUAGAUGUGAUGAUUGACGAGCACAAGAUUAGUUCGAUUCGACUAUCGGAUAGUAAGAUACGGCGAAGCGAUACAAUUCGUCGAUUAGCUGCGAAAGCGUUGAUCCAAGAGCUGGAACACAAGAAUCGCAAUGGACAGGAUGUAGAGGAUAGAAAGGCAGUUGAAGAGCGUAUCCUGCAAUUAUCACUGGAUCAUGGAAUACUGUCAGCAUACACUGCAUUUGUCGGUGUUGAAAAAAGUAGAUUAAGGGAUGAUGGAAUUACGUCUGACGUUAGUUAUAUUCCAAUUCGAGUAUCGAAAGGAGACAGAUACGUAUCUGAAUUUCCAUCAUUAGCUUCGAUGCUUGACAAAUCAAUAAGUUAUAGUGGAGAAACUCUUGUGCCGAUGCCAUUCGAAAUGACGACGAAAUAUAGUCCACAGUGGUUUUACGGAAAGUUUCAAAUUGCAGCGACAUCUAUCACCAGUACGACACGACCAUCGGGUGGAUUUAGCGGCUCUUUAGAUGACUCUGACACUACUGCUGCUGAUUAUGAUGAAGCUUUUGUCCCUACUACCACUCCUGGUACCUCAUUAUCAUACGAUCCUGUUCGCUGGUUAAUCCGCCAACAGUCAUUCAACGGUCUAUGGAAACUAUCUGAUUCGGACAUUCGAACACUGACCAGUGGAAAAGAAUUGAGUGCAUUCUCAUCAAGUGUCACUCAGAAUAGAGAUGCUUUGUCAACAGCGCUCGUUAUAGCUGUGCUGGAAUCCAAACAUGGUCAGGAGAGCAAUCUUUGGUCAGCGGUGGUGAGCAAAGGUCGCAAGCAACUGCUGGCGCUUGGUUUGAACAGCAGUGAGGUGAAUUUACUCAUUGGAGAAAUAAAGCAACAGUUGUAA